AUGCCGCUCUGCCAGAUCGUGUCCAACGUGAACUUCGAGAAGGCCACUGCAGAUGCCUUCCUCUCCGCUGUUGAGGGAUCACUGAGCAAGAUUCUUGGCAAGCCUACUCAAUAUAUUAACGUCAGCAUCACCCAUGGACAGAUGAGACAUGGAGGAAGCGCCGAUCCUGCAGCAAGUGUCUGCAUUAGCUCUAUUGGAGGAAUCAGCACAAGAACAAAUAAUAUGAUUUGUGUUGAAGUCGCUACUCACUGCCAGAAACAUCUCGGCAUCCCCGUUGAGCGCGUGUUCUUCUGCUUCAAUGACGUUAGCGGUGCUAACGUUGGCAUUGGUACAAGUGUCUUUGCCUAA